AUGCGUCUUGGCAAGACACAGCUCGUCCCAGUAUCACCACGAAGCAAAUCAGAAUUGAUAUUGCCUCCAAGUCAAAGGGAUCUGUGUGGAAUGAUACGGCGGCUGGACUACACAGAAAGGGGCAAUCAUCUCGCCUCAACCUUUCUAUAG